CCUCCCACAGUAAAGAUGGCGGCCGCGGCCUGCAAAGCGCUGCUCCGGCCUCCUCGCGGGCUCUUCUUGGGGGUCGUGGGAAUCGGGGCGCGGGGCCUGGGCAGGGGGGCAGCGGCUCCAUCAUCCCCGGCCGCGGCUUCCCGGCGACGAGCUUUGACGGUGGGACCUGGGGAGCGGCAGCCACAGGAGGGCCGGCUCGCCAAGGCGGAGGCGGCGGCGCACUACCGGCUGCUGUUCACGUGUAAGGUAUGCAGGACACGAUCUGCGAAAACUAUUUCCAAGGUGGCUUAUCAUCACGGAGUGGUGAUAGUGAAAUGCUCGGGGUGUAACAACCAUCAUGUGAUUGCUGAUAACUUGGGCUGGUUCUCCGACUUAGAUGGAAAAAGGAACAUUGAGGAAAUCCUUGCAGCCAAAGGAGAGAAAGUGAGGCGAGUCGCAGGCGAAGACGCUGUUGAACUCUUAAUUGAAGACCCCAAAUUGCUGGAACUGCUGAGCAAAGGAGGAGGAGAAAAAGAUCCAGAGUGAUCAGAACAGACGUCUUCAAUCAACCCGAGGGAAAAAACUUCCCUUAGCUAGACCUUUAUUUGAAGUAACACUUUGGAGUGUUCCUUCAGUUGAGUUUUUUCCCAAUCUUGUGGAUUACAGGAUUGCCGUUUCUCGGGAAAUGUUUUUACCAGCUGCACAGGAUGAAGUCUAGCCGUUGAAUAUUCUUUGAAGAAUAUUGUAUAUUCUUCUCGUAGGACGUGGCAGAGAAGAUGUGAGGGAGGCCUGAUAUGUGCACGUAGCUGCACUACACAAAUGUUUACACACACUUUCAAGCUAGGAAGGAGUUGCCUGUUCCUUCUUGGAGCAAGAAUCCUGCAUGAGGCUGGAGAUCCCAUUUUCAGUUGGGUUGAUUGUAUAGCUCCGUCUCGCUAGGCCUGCAUACAACUAAACCAAAGCUAUCAAUCCAAGCUCCAUGCAAGUUAAUGUGGUUCUACUGCGCCCUCAUCCUGGAUUGGCUUAGUGUUUGAUUUCUUGUCUUUUUGUUCCAGAAGGUGGGAAAAGAAACAAUGGUUUAAAUUACAUGGAUUUUGACAGACUUUGGAUUAUCAUUCUUAUGGAAAUAGCACUUCACUAGCGGAAUAGGCUGUCCUGGGAAGUGGGAGAGGCCUCGUGGGGGUUUUGACAUCCAUCUAUCAUUGUUUCAGGAAUGUUGGAUUUUCAACCGGGCAGCGGUUAGAUGAGAUCAUCUCUAGGACCCCUUCCGAUCUAGAAUCCCACCGGUUUUAGGACUGAGAAUGUCUUCAGAUAGCCCCCAACUAGGAAGAUCUCCUAAAGCAGGGGUCUCCAACCUUGGCAACUUUAAGCCUGGAGGACUUCAACUCCCAGAAUUCCCCAGCCAGCAAAGCUGGCUGGGGAAUUGAAGUCCAUUAGGCAGAAAGUUGCCAAGGUUGGAGACCCCUGCCCUAAAUUGUUGGCUAUUCCUGCCAACUUGGUGUCAUCCGCAAAGUUGAUGAGUUCCCCUUCUCAUCUUAAAUUGCUUAUGAAGAUGCUGAAGAAUGGUGGGCCUAAGACAGAAUCUUGAGGUACCCCACUGCAUGCUUUUCUGAUUCUGAAGCUUACUGGGAACGUUCCUCAGGAACUGACAACACAGAGACCGAAGGUACCUGACCUUGUCUUGUUACCUGGAGGGAAAAGUGGAGAAUUUUUCAGGGGACUCCUCAGUUUUGAUGCAGCUGAGCUCCCAACUUCUUUUGAUUUGUAAACAACAUGGGCAGGUAAAGGUAAAGGUUCCCUUCGUGCAUAUGUGCUGGUUGUUCCCGACUCUAGGGGGUAGUGCUCAUCUCCAUUUCAAAGCUGAAGAGCCAGUGCUGUCCAAAGAUGUCUCCGUGGUCAUGUGGCAUGACUGAACACCUAAGGCGCACAGAACGCUGUUACCUUCCCGUCAAAGGUGGUCCCUAUUUUUCUACUUGCAUUUUGUACGUGCUUUCAAACUGCUAGGUUGGCAGAAGCUGGGACAAGUCACGGGAGCUCACCCCGUUACGCGGCACUAGGGAUUCGAACCGCUGAACUGCCGACCUUUCAAUCAACAAGCUCAGCGUCUUAGCCGCUGAGCCAUCGCAUCCCUCAACAUGGGCAGAGGGAGGGUUAAGUAACUGGGUUAUUUUGCUGAGGACACCUAGAUUUAUAUCCUUUCUGGUUUUUCUCCUGAGUGGAUUCUUUGAUGUCUAUAAAGAUGUCCCCUUUGACUGAACAUCUUUCCACAUUCCAGACAUUUAUGCUGUUUUUCUCCUGUGUGGAUUAUUUGAUGUCGACGGAUAUUUUCCACCCACAGUAAAGCUCUUUCCACACUCCA